AUGGCUAUGUGGCUGCUGCUGGCAUCUUUCGUGCUGCAGGCCUGCGGCUUCUAUCUCCCUGGAGUGGCUCCAACGGAGUACCUGGAUGGCGAUCGCGUAGAGCUCAAGGUAAACAAGCUGACGUCAGUGAAGACCCAGCUGCCUUACAGAUACUACGUCUUGCCAUACUGCGUUCCAAAGGAGAUUCACGUCGCUGCAGAGAACUUGGGCGAAAUCCUUCUUGGCGAUUCAAUUGAGAACUCGCUCUAUGAUGUCAGGAUGAAGGUCAAUGUCUCAUGUGCGAUGCUGUGCGAGAGGAUGCUUGGUGAGGAGGAGAAAAGCGUUUUCAAACGCAUGAUUGACCACGAAUACCAGGUAAACUGGUUAGUGGACAACUUGCCUGGUACCAUGAAGUACCAGAAGACCAGCACCGGCGCCACAUCGUACACCAACGGCUUUCCUGUUGGCCUCAAGGUUGAUGGCAGCUACUUCGUUCACAAUCACGUCCAAAUUGGGCUCUACUAUCACUCCAACUCGGAAGAGUUUGACGGUAGCAGAGUUGUUGGAUUUGAGGUGUUUCCUCUAAGUCUUCAACAAGAAAAGAGGGGCGAUGGUAAACUGACCUGUGGUGAUCUUGACGAUCCUGUACCGCGCUUUGAUCUGACAAAGGAGGUCAGCGUCAUCUAUAGCUACGAUGUUGUGUGGAUUCCCAGCCCAAUCCGCUGGGCUUCACGCUGGGACAGCUACCUGAAGAUGCACGAGGGCCAGAUCCACUGGUUCUCCAUCAUCAACUCGCUGAUGAUAGUUCUUUUUCUGUCGGGCAUGGUGGCCAUGAUCCUGCUCAGAACGCUACACCGUGACAUUGCCAAAUACAAUGACAUGGAAGCAGAUGAUCAGGGCGAGGAGACUGGGUGGAAGUUGGUUCAUGGAGACGUUUUCAGAAAGCCACCGCACUCAAAGGCAUUAGCUGUCUCCGUUGGCUCGGGCGUCCAGCUGCUGGUGUGCUCAUGCGUCACACUGGUUUUCUCAGCCGUUGGAUUCCUGUCGCCAGUUCACCGUGGGUCAAUCCUGCAGGGCAUGCUACUGCUUUUCACCUUCGCUGGCAUUCUUGCAGGCUACACCUCUGCUCGCUUCUACAAAAUGUGGAAGGGCGAGGACUGGAAGAAGACCACGCUGCUGACAGCACUGCUGUACCCAGGGACAGUCUUCAGCAUAUUCUUUGUUCUAGAUCUCUUCAUUUGGGGAACACGGUCAUCUGGAGCAGUUCCCUUCACCACAAUGUUUGCCCUUCUAGUUCUCUGGUUUGGCAUAUCCGUUCCCCUUGUCUUCCUGGGAGCUUUCUUUGGUUACAAGAAGGCGCCGAUAUCUUUACCCGUGCGCACAAACCAGAUCCCACGGCAGAUCCCUGCCCAGCCGUGGUACAUCACUAGCACCUUCUCCUGCCUGAUUGGCGGGGUGCUCCCAUUUGCGGGUGUCUUUACCGAGCUUUUCUUCAUUAUGUCAUCUAUUUGGCAGCAUCAGUUUUACUACCUGUUUGGCUUCCUGAUGCUGGUCCUCAUCAUCCUGGUUGUUACUUGUGCUGAGAUUUCCAUCACGCUGGUCUACUUCCAGCUGACCAAUGAGGAUUACAACUGGUGGUGGAGGUCGUUUCUCACCAGUGCAUCAUCGGCUGUGUAUGUUUUCGCAUAUUCGUGUUUGUACUACUUCACGCGCAUGCAGAUAGGGCACUACGUGGGGGCGCUGUUGUAUUUUGGUUACAUGUUUGUGAUUUCUUACACCUUCGCGCUCCUCACCGGUGCCAUAGGGUUUAGCGCGACGUUCUUCUUUGUGCGCACCAUUUACGGUUCCAUCAAGAUUGACUGA